GCAGGCAUUCCUGGAUCCGGCGGGGGGCCCGUACCAAGUGUCGACGGGCGGCUUCCACUCGGGCGCGCAGGACGCCGCGGAGCUCGGGCUCGGCCCCCGCGGGGACGGGCACGCCCUCGAGUCCCUCCGCGAUGCCAUCGACAAGGCCAACGCGCCCGUCGUCGGCAUCGACGUGCAGGGCUGCAUCGUAGAGUGGAAUCGCAAGGUCGCGCAGAUCUGCGGGUGGUCGAAGGAGGACGUGCUGGGGAAGCAGCUCGUGGAGACGCUCGUGCCCUACGACAGCCAGGACCGUGUGGUGGAGGUGCUCAACGCCGCGCUCCAGGGGAGCGAAGUGGACAGCUAUGAGUUGCCCCUGCUCGAUAAGGCGGGGAAACUGCACACCCUCACGCUGAACGCGGCAAUGUGCGUGGGGGUCGACGGCGAGACAACAGGAGUCAUCGGCUUCGGCCAGGACGGCAGCGGGCCUCCCGUAAAGAAUGAUCAAGAGGCCACGGCAGCGCCGGACCGCGUGCCCCAGCUUGCGGACGGCGCCACCGCGCCCGUGCUGCUCCUCGACUCCGCAGGCUGCGUCGUGGGGUGGAGCCAGGGGCUGGCGGAGCUGACUGGCUACGACCAGGACGGGCGGGCGGGGGCGUGCUGGGCCGCCGUGCUCCCCCUCCCCGGGUAA